CCUCCACAUGUGAAGUGGAUCGAACUCCAGUACCAGAAGACUACAAGCGUCAUCAUCCUGCCAUGUUUCUGCACAAGCGUAUCGUGAAUUUCACUCCAUCUUUCACACCAUGUAUGUUCAUCUCUAUUCUGCUGAUUCUGCUCCCAGGAGUCACUAAUUUCUCCCAGGGCAGCGCCAGCCAUGAAGAUGCUGGCAGCACACCAGGCAACUGCUCCAGUGAAGAUAACUGCUCUGAUGGCGUGGUGCUGCCCAUGUGGAACCCCCAGAAUCCUGCGGUGGGUGACAAGGUGGCACGUGCCAUUGUUUACUUUGCAGCCCUCAUAUACAUGUUCCUGGGCAUGUCCAUCAUCGCAGACCGCUUCAUGUCAUCCAUCGAGGUCAUCACCUCUCAGGAAAAGGAGAUCACCAUCAAGAAGCCCAACGGUGAGACGACAACGACUACUGUGCGCAUCUGGAACGAGACGGUAUCCAACCUGACUCUGAUGGCGCUGGGCUCGUCCGCACCAGAGAUCCUGCUGUCUGUCAUUGAAGUGGUCGGCCAUGAUUUUGAGGCUGGAUCUUUGGGUCCCAGCACAAUUGUGGGAAGCGCUGCAUUCAACAUGUUCAUUAUCAUCGCUAUCUGUGUCUACGUGGUGCCAGAAAAUGAAACCCGCAAGAUAAAGCACCUACGGGUGUUUUUCGUUACUGCUGCCUGGAGCAUAUUUGCCUACGUCUGGCUGUAUCUCAUCCUGUCUGUGUUCUCCCCGGGGGAGGUAGAGGUUUGGGAGGCCGUCCUCACUUUCUUCUUCUUCCCUCUCUGUGUGCUGCAAGCCUGGAUUGCAGACCGGCGCCUGCUCUUCUACAAGUACGUUCAUAAGCGUUAUCGUGCUGACAAAACCCGUGGCAUUAUCAUCGAGUCGGAGGGCGAUGCCAUGUUCACUAAAAUGGACCUGGAGAUGGACGGCCAGGGUGUGAACUCCCACACUCACCCCAAAGAGGCUCUGGAUGGAAUGCUGGAGGGGGUGGAGGAAGGUGGAGGGAUGAGUGCGGAGCAAGAUCAGGAGGAAGAAGCCCGACGGGACAUGGCUCGCACUCUGAAAGACUUAAAACAGAGGCACCCGGAGAAGGACAUGGAGCAGCUAAUUGAGAUGGCCAACUAUCAAGUGCUGGUCCAGCAGCAGAAGAGCCGGGCCUUCUAUCGCAUUCAAGCCACACGCAUGAUGAUCGGAGCUGGGAACAUCUUGAAAAAGCACGCUGCUGACCAGGCCAGGAAGGUGGUGAGCUGUCACGAGGCCAGUGGGCAAGAGGAGGAUCCCAACACCAUCUACCUGCAGUUUGACCCCUCUCACUACCAAUGCUUUGAGAACUGUGGCUCACUAAAGCUGUCAGUGAGCCGGCAUGGAGGGGAAAGUGGCUGCACUGUGAAAGUGGAUUACCGUACAGAGGACGCGACUGCCAAUGCCGGCUCAGACUAUGAGUUUGCUGAGGGCACGUUGGUCUUCAAGCCUGGUGAGACAACAAAAGAGUUCACUGUUGGCGUUAUUGAUGACGACAUUUUUGAAGAGGACGAGCACUUCUACGUGCGCCUAAGUAAUCCACGCAUCGUGCACCGAGCUGAGGUCUCUGUCCUGGAGCCGAGCUCUAUCACCUCCAGCAACAGCACGGUGGGCAUCUCCUCCCACGUUCCCCCAAAAGCAGCCCUGGGAAACGCUCACACCGCCACGGUUACCAUAUAUGAUGACGACCACGCUGGCAUUUUUACGUUUGAAAAUAACUCCAUGAGGGUCAGCGAGAGCGUCGGCAACAUGCAGGUGAAGGUUCACCGGACGUCUGGGGCAAGGGGGAAGGUGGCGGUGCCUUACCACACCGUCGAGGGCACCGCCAAGGCCGGGGAGGACUACGAACUGGUAGCCGGCAAGCUGGAGUUUCAGAAUGACGAGACUAUGAAGCUGUUGAAUGUGAAGAUCAUCGAUGACGAGGAAUACGAGAAGAACAAGACUUUCACGAUUGUGUUGGAGGAGCCCAUCCUGCUGGAGGUGGGACAGAGACACGGAGACACCAAUGAUAACAAGACAGCAGUGGGACCGGAAGACGUGUCAAAGAUGGGCUGCCCCUGUCUGGGCGAGCACACUAAGCUGGAGGUGGUCAUUGAGGAAUCCUAUGAAUUCAAGAGCACAGUGGACAAGCUGAUCAAGAAGACAAACCUGGCUCUGGUGGUGGGGAGCAGCAGCUGGAGAGAGCAGUUUGUUAGUGCUGUCACUGUCAGUGCAGCCACUGAGUACUGGAACGGCUGGGCCUGCUUCUUUGUGUCCAUUUCCCUCAUUGGUGUUCUGACAGCUGUGACCGGGGACUUGGCCUCCCAUUUCGGCUGCACCGUUGGUCUCAAAGACUCUGUCACCGCUGUGGUGUUCGUGGCCCUCGGCACCUCUGUUCCAGAUACAUUUGCGAGUAAAGUGGCCGCCAUCCAGGACCAAUAUGCUGACGCCUCCAUCGGCAACGUAACGGGCAGCAACGCAGUGAAUGUGUUCCUGGGCAUCGGGGUGGCAUGGACCCUCGCGUCCGUUUACUGGAAAACCAAAGGCAAGGUGUUCAAGGUGGACCCGGGCUCCUUGGCCUUUUCCGUCACCCUCUUCACCAUCAUGGCGCUGGUGUGUGUGAUGGUGCUGCUCUACCGCCGGCGUCCCAGCGUGUCUAACGGAGAGCUCGGGGGCCCAAGGACACCCAAGCUCAUCACCUUCUUUAUGUUCCUCUCCCUCUGGUUCAUCUACAUCCUGUUGUCCUCCCUGGAGGCGUACUGCCACGUGCCUGGCUUCUGAGACUGAGGGAAAUGCACAGACACGGUUCCUCCUCUGUUUUUACAGUCUACUGAAUGUGUUUUCUCUCUGUUUUUGUCUAUUUUCACAAAGGUUUAUAACUAUUUGUAUCAUUAGUUAUUAUUGAUACCGCACAAUAUCUGAUUGACUUUGAAUCUUUGGACUUUGGAACUUUGCUACCACUCACUAUGCUGUGAAGUAUAGCUUUAGCCACUGAAAUUUAACCUGUUCUCAACUUUUGUUCUUUUUUUGAAAUAUUAUUUUCCACUGGACAUUUAUCUAAUCAUUGCUAUCAGCAUCAAACCUUCUGUCACUUGACAUGUAAAACUUCUGGCAUCUUGUCCUCUCUCUGUGUGUGGACAAUUAUUUGAGUAAUUCAGUGUUAAGAAAGCACAAGAUUAAAGCAAGCAGUCAAAAGAUUCCUUGUAUUUUUGUAAGGUGUUGAAAAGGUGAAAAUUAUAGAUGGUGCAUGGGACGACAUUAUACUUUACAUUUACAUAAAAGGAAAGAACUUACUGAGACUGAAGUGAGAUGUAAAACAUAUCUGUGUGUUGAUAUUUAUUACUCAAUCUAUACAUUAAUUAUUCAUUAUAUAUCAUGUAAAAGAUGAACAUUGUGCGUGGGAGUUUUGUGAAAGAGUUGCUGUGUUUAUUUUUGCACGUUAUCAGAUUAAGAGUUUCUUGGUAAUCUAUUUUAAAGUACUGUAUGUAAUAUUUUGACAUGGCUGUUGACGUGUUGAUGUGUUCCUGUACAUGUGAAUCACAACUGUAUCAUAAUCUUUUCACUGCCUGGUCCCCUUUCCCACGUCGCUUUCUCAAUCAGUAUCAUGUUCAACAUAGGCAGGGUUAAAAAUGCCUCCUUUUUUUUUUUUUUUUUUUUACAACAUAAUUGACCUGGAGCAGAGUGCCCCCGCUUUAAAUUGUAGUAAGAUAUAUAAAUUCUUUGAGCACAUUUAUGAUUUUUUCAUGUGAUUUUGUGUGUGCCUGUGUGUGUAUGUGUGUAUCUGAGUGUGCGUGACACUUAAGCUCUUAAGCACAAAUUGGUGAAAGGCAUGGCACUAUCUCGUCAUUGACUCCACAAAUGUUACUGGUGUUCAUGACAAAAAAAGGUGCAGUCUGAGUAUGGAUACAAGAAGGAUACCAGUUUUCUUAUCUGUCACGCUGACACUGUGAAUAUUUUUUCAACAGCAUCACUUUUAGAAAAAGCACAGCAGAGAGCAAAGAUAACUGUAGGAAGAGGUCCUAAUCAUAGCACAAUCACCAAACAGGUCUGUCAUUUAGGGAUGAAAAAUGUGCUAAAAGAGAAGACAUGUACAGCAUUUCCUGAGAGUAUCUCCUUGUGUCGCACAGCAGUUGAUAUUGAAGUUUGUUUUUUAUUUAACCUAGAAUCUGUAGAGCCAUAUUUAUUGUACCAGUAUUACAGUAGAGGUAUUUAUAUGAUCAAUUUUAGUUUUAUUGAU